AAGGGGCGGUGUCCAACACAAGGAUAGAAGAGAGCUGGUGCGCACACGGACUCCACCUUUACGGAUCGGUUGUUUGCGUCAAGGAGUCAAAGCCGAAUUUACCUGGGAUUUGGAUCUACUGGGUCUUUACCACGUAAAUCAGCACCACGCGGACUGUGUGUGCGCGCGUCCUGCCGUGUGCGUGCGUGUGAGCAAGUUGAGGACCACCGGUGGCAACUUCUCCGCCAUGGGAGCGCGUGGAUGGAGCUCGCCGCACCUCUGUUGCUUUGUGGUUUGGGGAUAUCUCGCGUUUUUCUGCGGGGGAAUCGUCCCGCGGGCCGAGGCCGGCUGCGGGGAAAGAGAGAGCCCCAACUGCUGCACGGGCCGGAACAACGAAUGCUUCGAAUACAGCGAGAGGAAGACGGCGUGCUACUGCGAUACCUACUGUCAAAAAACCGGAGACUGCUGCGAGGACUAUCGGCGCGUGUGCCAAAUGUCUGCAGCCAUUGAUUGUGUGGUGGGCUCGUGGGGCCCCUGGUCACCGUGCACAUCGCCGUGCGGCGUUGGCAGCACGGAGAGGAUUCGCCAAGUGUCCGUCCCCCCAAGGAAUGGAGGCACGCCUUGUCCAGACCUCAAACAGCGCAGGGGAUGCUUCGGCAACAACGCCAUAUGCAGCAGUGCCAAAGAGGUGGCAAAGAUCCUACCGGAUUCUUUUAAGAGGAACUUCAAGGACCCUUGGCGUCGACCUCACAUGCUGAUGAAGGAGGAGAAGGCCAGCUACUGCGUGUAUCUGCGGGUGAAGCAGGCCAGCGCAGCCUGUAAACUCAAACUGUGGAGCGCCCAGCUGGUGAGAGAGAGGCUGGUCUGUGCCGAGUGUCAGAGUGAUGCCAUGUCAAAGUCCGACCGCUGUGGAGGCGACGGCUUGGAGAGCACCAGAACCUUCUGGGCGGCGGCCUCGGUGCCGGGCUGUCAUGGUUCCUGGGUGCGAGAGUUGUCCUCUGAAGGAUGCCGGUGUCCCCCCUACUCUGUUCUCUUUGUUUGAGACGAUGCGCGACCACACGCCUACAGCGGAAGACCAAGCCAGACACAACAGCCACCAUCAGCACCACCCCCCCCCCCCCACGCAGCCCCUUCCCAUCCUGAUUAGCGGACGGGUAAACUCAAGGAGAUCAGCAGCAUCCUGCCACUGCUCCCCCCUCUCAUCAUACUCUGUACUGUACACAUUAUUAGCUAAGCACACUGAAGGUCUGUCCUUUAACUACUAUAGCCACAUUUUGUACUUAUCCUCCCUUUGAAAGCACAGCAGCAUCCAUGUACCUUUGUUGUUUUUCUUUUUACCUCUGAAUCUCUGCUAUCUACCUCCAUCAAUUCCAGUGCAUUUGUUAUUGCAUAAUGUAUAAAUAUAUAAAUAUAUUAUUUUGCUUUAUACAUUUUCUACCUUUGAGCGUUUGUGUAAUGUACGUGUACUUGUAUAUCCACACUUAUUGUAUCCAACAGUCGAAAAACACCAAAUGGCAGAAGCCCUCAGCCAGCCGCCCCUUAAAUGGAGACACUUCAUUUUACCCGACCACCUUAAUCCCUUGAGUCAACAUAUCUGUGUUUUCACAGCGUUGUCCCCUUCGUUCUUUUUUUUAUCCGUCAAAAUACAUUUCUAGCAGCAAGUCAAGUUGAACAUCAGGUAUUGAUUCUCAGGUGCGUGUCUCUCCAUCGACUUUGUUCUCCUGGUGUUUCAGUAGUUUGAGGGAAGUCGUGGCGUCUGCUGGAGAGAGUGGAGAGGGAAGGAAUGAGCCAUUUAGGAGGAUUUCACCGCGCUUCUCUCUGUCCUCACAAAUCCUUUCACAAGAGCCAUCCAAUAGAACCACCCGCGUACGCCAUGUUACACCAACAAUCUGCUCCAUCUGCACUUCUUUUUGCCCCCUCCACCCUCUACGGACUGAGUUAUGACAUUCUCUCCAUGUCUCUGUGUUUGUGUGUUUAUUUAUUAUAAUGAUGUUAUUAGUGCAGCACAGCAUACUCUGUACACUGUCCAUAAGUGAAAAAUAAACUACUAUACUGUC